AUGUCGAAAGCUAUCGUCAAAACCACUUUUGAGGCGUCCCGCACGCUCCGCCCCAUCUACACCGGCGGCAGCACGGCGCUGGAUGCCAGUGGCCGCAUCUUGCUGAGCUGCGUGGGCGAGGAUGCAUUGAUUGUUGAUUUGGAGACUGGCAACCAGCUUGCCAGUCUUGAAGGAGAUGGAGAAAUUGUCACUGGUUUGGCUAUCACACCAUCUGCCUCUCACGCUAUUGUUUGCUCCCGUUCGAUGUCUAUGCGCAUCUACUCUCUCACAACUUUCGACGAGUCUUCGCAAACAAUUGAAGCGAACCUUCUCCGAACUCUCAAACCCCACACAGCUCCUGUUGUUACCAUCUCAGUGGAUCCUACCGGCACAUUGCUUGCCACCGGUGGUGCUGAUGGCUCGAUCAAGGUUUGGGAUAUCAGAGGUGGUUUUGUCACACACACUUUCCAUGGCCAUGGUGGUGUUGUGUCUGCGCUUUGCUUUUUUGAGGUUCCUACCGCCGACAGCGAAACUAAGUCCUCCAAGAAGAACAAGUCGAAGCAAAAGACAACCGAUGACGACGAAGAUAUGGAGGGUUCCGCUCCCACAGGUUCUACUGCAGGAUUCCGCCUAGCAUCCGGCAGUGAGGAUGGCAAGAUGCGCGUAUGGGAUUUGCACAAGAGAAAGUCUAUCGCAUCGCUUGAGUCACAUGUCUCUCUUGUUCGGAGUUUGUCUUUCUCUCCGUCAGAGAACGCACUGAUCUCAGCAAGUAGAGACAAGACAGUAAUUGUCUGGGAUGCACGCACUUGGAAAACUCGCCGCAUUAUCCCUGUUCUGGAGAGCGUGGAAGCCGCGGCCUUCAUCGCGGACAGCCCUCUGUGUGUGAUUGGUGGAGAGAAUGGAAAGCUGCGAGUUUGGGACUGCAACCGCGGAAGCGAGGUUACAGAAGAACAAGAAGCCGGAGAGGAGUUUGAAAGUGUUGUUGCUAUCCAAUAUUCAGCCGGCCUACCUUUCGUCCUCACUGUUCAUGCAGAUCAAACUCUGCGAGUUCACUCGCUGGAGGCACUGUCCGGCUAUAAGCCAGGGUCAAGCUUGGAGCCCUUGACUGUCAUUCGCCGUAUCUCUGGAAAUGACGAUGAGAUCAUUGAUUUGGCUUACGUUGGAGCUGAUCGGUCCAUGAUUGCUUUGGCCACCAACACCGAGACCAUUCGUGUGGUCUCAGUUGCCCCCUCUGAAGACCGACCUUCGAAUCAAGGAGAGGAAUACUUUGGUGCCGAUGUCACACACCUUGAGGGUCACGAAGAUAUCAUUAUCUGCUUGGACGUCGACUGGUCAGGACACUGGCUUGCAACUGGUGCCAAAGACAACACAGCUCGUCUUUGGCGCAUUGACCCGAAGACAUCAUCAUAUACUUGCUUCGCUAUCUUCACCGGUCACGCGGAGUCUCUGGGAGCAAUCGCCUUGCCGCGGGUGCCCCCGCCUGUUGGAAGCGCCGCUUAUAAUGACCCCGUGAACCACCCCCCGUCAUUCUUGAUCACUGGUUCCCAAGAUCGCACAAUCAAACGAUGGGAUACAAGCAAGCUUACCCCUUUGAAGGGAGAAAAGCCACACUCCCCCAAGGCAAUCUACACCCGCAAGGCUCACGAGAAGGAUAUCAAUGCCAUUGAUGUCGAUUCUACAUCUGAGUUGUUUGCCUCAGCAUCACAAGAUCGCACCGUGAAGAUUUGGGCCGCCGAUGAAGGUUCAGCGGUGGGUGUGUUGCGUGGUCACAAGCGAGGUGUUUGGUCUGUGCGAUUCGCCCCUCAAGGUACACCGAUCAUCAACUCCGAUUCGCGCACAAGCACGAGCCGUGGCCUGGCGGUCACAGGAUCGGGUGACAAGACCGUCAAGCUCUGGAGCUUGUCUGACUACAGCUGUCUCCUUACGUUCGAGGGCCACACCAACAGUGUCCUCAAGGUUCUCUGGCUCCCUCCUCCCCAGGUAUCCAACAGAGAAGAUGAUGACGAAGAUGAAGAGGCUGCAGCGGCACGCAAGAACGAAGCCAUCCAGGCCCGUCCCCUUGUUGCCUCCGCCGCCGCAGAUGGUCUUGUCAAGAUCUGGUCUCCCUACACCGGCGAGCUCGAAACAACUCUGGACAACCACAUCGACCGAGUCUGGGCACUCGCCAGCCCAACUCCAUCCGGCUCACGCUCAGAUGUAAAGCAAAUCUCCUCCAACCUCAACAGCACGCCCUACGCCCUCGCCUCCGGCUCCGCCGAUGCAACAGUGACUUUCUGGACCGACACCACGUCAGCCACAUACACAGCCGCCGUCCACGCCAACUCUGCUCGCGUCGAGCAAGACCAAGAGCUGCAGAACUACAUCCGUGCUGGUGCCUACCGUGAAGCCAUUACUCUGGCUCUCCAGCUCAACCACCCCGGUAGACUGCUCUCGCUCUUCAAGGCCGCAAUUGACGCCGCAGACGACCCGACUUCCCCGGCCGAGGACCGCGAGCGUGCCGCAGCCAGUCUGUCAGGUAACCCUGCCAUCGACGAGGUCCUGCAGAACUUGGACCCCGCGAACCUGCGCACUCUCCUGCUCCGUAUCCGUGACUGGAACACCAAUGCUCGCACCUCACGCGUUUCUCAGCGUAUCCUUUAUGCUCUGUUCCGCUCUUACCCUGCGUCCACUUUCGUGGAGCUCGCGACCCAGUCCGUCCGCGGAAAGAAUGGUCGUGCUGCUGCGGGUAUGAAGGAUAUUAUGCAGGCUCUGGCCGCGUACACAGAGAGACACUAUCGCCGGGUUGAGGAGCUGGUCGAUGACAGCUACUUGGUUGAGUGGGUUCUUGGGGAGAUGGAUGGUGGUGUUGGGCUUGGUGGACUUCGCCAUUUGACUGUGGGUGAUGUCAGCGAGGAAGAGCAUGAAAAGGAUGUUAUCAUGUUGGAAGCAUAA